AUGUUCUUGUCAAUUUUGCUGGUGACGAUUGUUGUUGGAGCUGGUGAGUUGGGUGGAUUAUAUUAUAUUUGCUGGAGAAGUCUGAUUUUGUGGAAAGAUUGUUUGAUUCAUCUAUUAGUCUGUCGGGAAAAUAAUGAGGUAUCUGUCGCAUCGCAAAUCGCAUCGCCACCGGGAAAAUGAAUUGCGUCGCGGCCAAAUCAUAUUGCUUUUUACCGCAGCGACUCGAUUGGCGCAGCGACAUUUUGCUCAUAAUUUUCCCGACAAACCGAUAGCUAGUCUGGGUCAAUAUUGUUAAAAUUUCGCCUUGAGCUUUGCUGACACUGCCGAGAUUUCUGACGAGCUCUUCCGGCAAGAUAGCAAGGACAGAAAAGGUUUUUCAAAAAAAAAUCUAUUUUUUCAAGGACAAGAUUAUAUAAUCCAAGAAAAAGUAUAAGUCAAGUCCAAUUCCCUCUUGUUGUUUUCAAUAUCUUUACUCCUAUAGUACUUGAAAACCUCGUUGAAAAUGAAUAUCAGCCUGUCGGGAAAAUAACGGCCACUUUGUCGCAGCGAAAAUCACAUCGCUACCGAGAAAAUGAAUUGUCGCGACAAAAGCUAAUCGCUUUUCGCUUCAGCGACCCGAUUGGCUCAGCGACAUUACUAGGCGCGACAUAAAGUCCUGACACAUUUUGCACCGUGCAUUCUUCUUUCAUUUCAUCCGCACUGUGCAUCUUUUCGCAUUUGUCGCCGCGAUUUCCCCUUUUUGCACUAGCGACGUGCAAAACCCGAACUUUCGCACCGUGCAUUCUUCAUUCAUUUCGCAUUUGUCGCCGCGAUUUCCCGUUUUUGCGCUAGCGACGUGCACUUUCGCGCGCGACAAACCCGAAUUUGGGGGCGCGACGUCCAAAUCCCGAACUUUCGCACGGUGCAAAAUGUGUCAGGACUUUAUGGCGCGACUAGUAUUGCUCAUUAUUUUCCCGACAGAUGGAUAAAGAGCUUUUGCAGUACGAUAGUUUGAUGUAUAGGGGAAUGCAUGAUUUGCCAAGCAUAUCUAGGGAAAUUAACCGCGGCGCACUUUGUUGCCUGCACUGACAAAGUGCAAGCUCAUAAAAUUGGGACCAAAUGCUUAGCCUACUGACAAUAGCAAGCCAAAUCCCAUAAAAUUAAGAGCAGAGAACGCCGUGCACUUUCUUGGUAAACACUUGAUCCAAAUCACCUUAAUUACUGUUCCUCACUACACUGGGGGACUUGAGUGGCAAAAAACGUACCAUUUUGCAUCCAGGGAGUAUCAAAAAUGUGGCAAAAUGCUUCCCUAUCCAAGUUGCGAGGGAAAGGGCGCGCCCUUCAAAACGAAGUUUUUUCACUAGGAGAGGGAACCAUUUUGCCACAUUUUCGAUGCUUCGCGGAUGCAAAAUGGGACGUUUUUUGCCACUGGAUUGAGUCCGUGACUGCAUGUUCAAUUUCCAGCCGCCUCCUGGGAGAUCAAGGUUGAUCCGGACCCGGGAGAGAAGUCGAUCUACAACCGCAAAGCCGGCGAUCCCUUCGCCGUCCUCUGCUCCGUCGAAGGCCUUGCGGAGGAUGCGGACGCCCCCGGCAUUUUCUGGUCCAAGAAUCCCGACUCCAUCUCCCGGACCGGGAAUGUGCAGCUGAACAAGAUUGACAAGUUCGCGCUGAGCCUGGUCAUCCCGAACAGCUCCGUCGAGGACAGUGGAAUCUACACGUGCACGGUGACGUAUCACGGCGAACGGCGAGAGGUUCGAUUGGAGAUCAACUUUUUCGGUGAGCUUUUUUUCCUUAUUUACUAACUUUUUCUCGUCGGUAAACAAGGCUAUUUGGUAAAAGUUCCUUAUUCUGGCCACAACUUAUAACUUGGGGGAUCUGGUCAGAAUUAGUCCAAAUUUAGCGUGCAGGCUAAUUCAUCAUUGUCAAUGCCCGGAGAGUGGAUUUAGUUAGUGAGUUACCUUCUUUUUCGCGUACCACCUUACCCUUCAAAAACAGCUGCAGCCUGCGAUUUUACACUUUAUACGAUGAAACCUGUCCGGAACUAAACCUAUUGCCUCCGUAUAACACUAAAUGAGUCGUCAUAGCCUUAGGUAUCCUUAAAACUAUGGAGCUAUUAUAGUAAUUCGGUGCCAGCUAGGUCAAAGCCUUUUUUUCCUAACUUUAGUUCCCAAGCUUGGGCGCAGUUCGCAGAGUACCCUUUGUUGUGGCCAGAAUAAGGAACUUCUUCCGGCAGAUUUUUUGUUUUUACGGUAAUUAAAGUCUUGUGAUUUCAGCCGAGAUCAAACUAAUCGAAACUCAGACCGAUUUCUUCGAGCCGAAGGAAGGGACUAGCAUCAUCCUAUCAUGUGAGGUCAUCACAAGCGAUAAUGAAUUGAUCACAAUGUGGGAGAAGGACAUCACGGCGCUCACUGAAAGCAAGUCUUACUCAUAGCCUUUGAGCUUGUUUUAUUGGCUAAAGAGAAGGAGAUUGAUGUUCAGUUACGGCGGAAAUUUGGCGUAACUUAACAAGGGAAGCACUCCAAAUUUUGGUGUAACUUUGCACACAUGUCAAAGAUAGGCCAUAUAUCAAUUCUCAAAGUUUUAGCUCGCGCUUUGCGGGAGCAACGGAGAUACUCAACGAUCAUUGUGGCCGAGAGAGUUCGCGAAACGUGGAGGGCGGUCAGAGAAAAAACCUUUUGGCCGUAAUUUUGAUAGUUUCAUUGGGAAAAAAAUCGAUUUUUUGCGCAAACAUUAGUUUCUACAGUAGAAAUAGAUAUAUAUGAAUCUUUUCAUGCCAAGACUAGCCAAAAAAGCCUGCAUUUUUGCUAACUUUUGACCUAAAAAUCUUGGUCACUUCUGCAAAGCGCAAGUUGGGAAUCCCGCAUGUAUCUUGGAAAAAGUCCUACAUACAGUGAGGGGCCUGAUCCAGUGGCAAAAUACGUACUAUUCCGCAUCCGGGAAGGAUCAAAAAUGUCGCAAAAUGCUUCCCUCUCCAAGUGAAAAAACUUCGUUUUGAAGGGCGCGCCAUUUCCCCCACAAAAAGGGCGGGCGCACUUUUGAAGUCGGAGAUUUUUCAAUUGGGAUACUUGCUUUAAAAGCUUGAAUUUUGAAAGCACACGAUUUUUCCUCAAGUCAAAUUUCCAUAACAGAAAAAAAACCAAAAUUUUUCGUCGUUAUCAACUCUCCCUUUUUCAGGCUCGGAACGCGGCUACAAGUUCCAUCGCCGCGGCCAAAUCCUGGAGAUCAAGUCGUACAUGGAGAGCGACGCCGGGAAUUACAAUUGCAAGGUGUUGGACAAACGGACCGGCUCCAUGGUGCUCCGCCGCUUCCGCGUUGGCAGCCGGAUCGAAGAGCAGCAGCAGUUCUGCUCCAAUAUGUGCCAGGCUUUCUGCGCCUCCUUCUACAGUCCAAACAAGUAA